AUGGCACAAUCCACUGAAGCAACCACACCUGCUGCUGCAAAAGCUCUUCACCCGGUUUAUUCCGUCAGUGACAUCCAACGAAAAGUGAGAGUUUUAGAUGGUACGAAGGUGUCCUACUCUUUAUGGGUCAAGCUAUUUGAGUUGCAUGCUCGAGGGUACCGGGUCAUGAAACACAUUGAUGGCACACAGUCUCCAGCUAAAAUUGACCCGGAUUACGAAUCCUGGUCCGAAAUCGGUGCAAUCGUCCUACAAUGGAUCUACAGAACAUUGUCCGACGACAUUCUGGUAUGUGUCUUACAAACCGAAUCCACUAACUUGGAAGCCUGGACACGCUUCAAAUCUCUGUUUCUAAACAACAAUGGAUCGAGAGCCACUGCACUUGAACUUGAGUUUAACAAUCUAACACUCAAGGCCAUGCCAUCUCUCGAAUCCUACUGUCAAAAGCUUAAGGAGCUUAGUGAUCAAUUGAAUGAUGUUGAUUUUCUGGUCAACAAUCAAAGGCUUGUGCUCCAACUUGUUCAGGGGCUGCCUCGAGAGUAUGAUAUGGUUGCUUCCAACAUCAACCAAACUCUCCCCACAUGGGAGGUGGCCUGUAGCAUGCUCCAGUUGGAACACAAAAGACAAUCGGCUCGUGAUAACCUCUCGGCUCCAACAGCUCUAGCUGUUGUCUCAGAUGAACCUCAGCCUCCUAAACAAGGCCCUAUACAGCACCGCAGGAGAGGGGGUAACAGGCCUAACAACCCGCGUCAGGCCCAGUCCAACUCUGGCCCAUGUAGUCGUGGUCAGAUUCAGCCAGCAACCAACCAACCAAUCUGCCCUGCAAACAAUCAGCCCUCCCGGCCCACUCCCACUCCCCCUACUUCGGCGAACAGGCCACCUUACUGGGCCCAAUGGGCACCGCCCCCGUGCCCCUUCCCAAUUCAACCAGGCUUGGCUCAGCCUUGGUCUCCACAACAGACUUGGGACAAUCGCGGCCCAAACCAGAACAAGCGUGUAGGUCCUUCCAAUCCCAGCUCCUCCAGUCAGGCCUUUAUCGGGGAAUACGACCCACUGCAGCCUACUCAAAUCGAGGAAGCUAUGAACGCGAUAAGCAUUCACAAUGGUACAUGGAUACGGGUGCAUCGGAUCAUCUCACGGGUGAUCAAGGUAAUGGCGCACGAGUACCCAUACUUGGAUCGGGCCACUCAACCGUACCCACUAACACCCGUGACCUACACCUAA